CCCUCCCGGCGGCGGCUACCGGACUUGUCGCCUAAACCAGUUCGGCUCCAGAUGCUACGUUCUAGAUGAUGGAGGAAGGUCAAAUUCUUUCUGCAAUCGGAUUGGGAGAAGCAAGAGAAAGUAUCGGAGUUCUUUUGCGAGUGGGAUCGGAGGAGUCUAUAACAAGUUCAGGCUGAGCGUUCACGAUUGUCGCGAUAUUGUCGUUUCAAUAAUUAUUAUCUCUGCUUAUUGCAUCGCCAUGAAGCUUAAUAGGUGUGGCCGCGGCAGACGUGAUUCGGGGACAGGAGCUGCUAAUGGGGGCUCGCUAAGCGAGCUGCCUGCUGAAGUACAAGCUUGUAAUGGGGACAAGCUAAGGGAGCUGCCUGCUGACUUAGAAGCAGGCAAUAGGGACAGGCUAAGCGAGCUGCCUGCUGAUUUGCUGCUUAACAUUCUGGAGAGGGUGGGUACGCUCGAUGCUGUAAAAACCUGCAUACUUUCCAAAAAAAUGCAGAAGCUGCCCACUAUGCUCUCGCAGAUCGUGAUUGAUCUUAGCACUGAUGACUUGGUCCGAAUUCACACCGUCGUGGCCAAUGUUACGAACAAGAUCCUCAAUGCAAGGUCUUCGAAGAUCACCAUUCGUAAGCUGAAGCUCAAAUUCUUUUUGAGUCCUUCUCACUGUCUCUCCAUCGGCAAAUGUGUUGGCCUCGCCAUGGCGGACCAGAAAGUGGACUCAGCCGAGUUUGAGAUCUUGACGCCCAGGAAUGGUCAUCUUUGCACCGAAACCUACCGCCUGCUCUUUGCUCAGCAGUUCAAUGAUUUUUUUCGUGAUUGUCCAGACGCAUUUGCUGGCCUCACGGGGCUGCAUCUACAAUACAUGAGGUUUGGUGAAUCAGACAUAACCAACAUCCUAAGCUAUUGCAAGCAGCUGGAGUCACUAUCUUUGUUCAUGUGUGACGAGGGGGUCUCUUCGGUGAUGCGUGUAGAACACGCACGACUCGUGGAGCUUGUUAUCUCCCAUUGUGAAUUCAAAACAGUGGAGCUCACCUUUCUACCAAAGCUCCAGCGGAUGACCUUUAAUAGUUGGCCCUCCUGUGCUGAACAUCCCUUGGCUCUUGGUUUUGUCCCUGAGCUUUUGAAGCUGAGCCUUGCUAAGGCAUGUUUUUCACACAAGACACUCAAGCUAAGCCAGCUGCUUGCUAAUGUCCUCUCCGUAAACGAUCUAUCCCUAGAAUUUCGAAGUGAAAAGAUUUGGAUUCGACCAGAAUCCCCGAAAGUGCUUUCACCUUGGCUUGCCAAACUACGGUUUGUGAAUCUGGACAAUCUUCCCGAAGAAUGUGAUAUUGCCUGGACAAUGUUCCUUCUUGAAGCUGCACCGUUUGUGGUGGAGUUUUGCAUCAUGGUAUGGGAUCAUAAGUGCCACAUGGAGUCACAAAAAAGUUACUCCGAGAAAACUGAUGUGAAGUGGGAGCCAUCUGACCCUGAUUUCAAGCAUAAGAAUCUAGCCAAGCUAACCAUAUAUGGCUUUCAGUCCGAUGACAACUUCACAGGACACAUCAGGCGUGUCAUGGCGGCGGCUGUGAAUAUCAAGGAGGUAUCUCUGCAUGACAGGAAGGUGUGCAAGGUUUGCGCCGUCAAGUUUCCUCAUGUUGAGGUUCGUCCUUCGAGUUAUCCACGGACCAGCGAUGAGAAGGAUUUGUUGAGAAAUAAGAUCACAGAGACGUUGUCGAAGGCUUCUCCUGCUGUGAUUCACUUCUGCUCAUAAGGUCAAGUUUUACAGAUCAAUAAAUCAUUCACGGCAUUGCCAUGAUUUAUCCUGUGUGUGGUUGGAAGGAGUCCCUGAACUCCAAAAUCCAAUUAGUAGCCACAGUAUCAGUAUUUUCUGCAUUUUCUGCUGAUGAAGCUAGCUAAGCUUGUAUUAUUGCCUAAUUGGCUGCCAUGUAAGAAAUGUAAUAUCCUUGCUACCAAUUUGUUGGAACAACAACUCUUUUAACUCUUUUGCUUGUUCAUGUAUCUUCUUUUAAGUGCUCUUUUUUCUGC